AUGCAUCUUGCCAAACCUCUCAUCUCAGCCCUAACCCUUGGCGCUGGCGUCCUCGGGGCACCGACAGAGCUGCAACGUCGCACAGCGAGGACAAGCGCGCCCUCGGGAUGUUUGACUGUCGGUUCCAGUGGUACAUACUCGAGUGUCGGCGCUGCAGUCUCUGCUCUUGGCUCUUCCACCGCUGAUGCGUGUAUCUACAUUGCUGGUGGCACAUACAAGGAGCAGGUCACCAUUAAAUACGGUGGUGCAUUGACUUUGUAUGGGCAGACUGCGGAUACAUCGUCGUAUAAGAGUAACACCGUUACUAUUACGCAUUCUCUCGACUCCCCGACUGCUGGAUCGUUGGAUAAGAGUGCGACUGUGAAUGUUGUAUCUAAUGGGUUGAAGAUGUAUAACAUUAAUGUUGUGAACGGGUAUGGAAAGGGAGCGCAGGCUGUGGCACUCGUCGCGAAUGCCGAUCGGCUCGGCUUCUAUGGCUGCCAGUUCUUGGGAUACCAGGAUACCUUGUACGCCAAGUCUGGAACUCAGUACUAUUCCAACUGCAUGAUUGAGGGAGCCGUGGACUUCAUCUUUGGCGAUGCCUCGGCCUGGUUCGGCGAAUGUGACAUCGUUGCCAAUGGUCCUGGUGCCAUUACUGCCAACUCGCGCAUGACAUCCAGCGACACAGCCUGGUACGCAAUCGAUCACUGUAAUGUUCAGGCUGCGUCGGGUGUUACCCUUGAUGGUACGCAGUAUCUCGGUCGUCCGUGGCGCGUUCUGGCUCGUGUUAUCUACCAGAAUUCCAAGCUGGGUAGUUUGAUCAAUGCUAAGGGCUGGACGACUAUGGCUGACGGUGCCACGCCGCUGUACUAUGAGUACAACAACUCUGGGGAUGGAGCUAGUACUUCGGGUCGGCUGUAUGAGACUUCUAUCUCGGCGGGUGUGACCAAGAAGACUGUUUUGGGGAGCGAUUAUGGUUCUUGGAUUGAUUCGAGUUAUUGA